GAUCUUCAGAGUAAACCUGAGAAUUAGCGUUUUAAGUAAAUCUACAUGUUCUGUUCAUCAUUUUAAAGAAACCCAUGUGUGAUGAUAGAAUUAUAAUGAACCAUUGGUUUUAAUAAGAGAAAUGGCAUGGAUUGAUUUCUCAGACUUUGGUUACAUUGUGGACUCCUGUCCCGGUAACAAGACAGAGUACACAACCUCGGCCACCAAACUGGGGUGUGGUGUGGAUGAGAAUGGGCGGAGUCAGUACGUCUGUGUUCCUAAUCACGAAAGGUCAACUCUGGUGGAAUUCUGUUAUACUUCUGCAACUGGACUUUUUGAAAAGGGAAAUUGUUUAGAGGUUUAUAAAAAUCGGAAUCUGGAUCAAACCAGCUGUCUUCAUUUCAUACAUGGAUGUCCUUCUGACCAUUUUUUUCUUUCCGACCUGUAUAAAUUCCCAGCUUGUCAAGGAUUAAAUAUUCAGGAACGAUGUUUUUUUGCAGACCCUGCAUGUCCUAACACCACAGACACUACAGCAGGAAAUAACCAAACAACCCUAUUACCAGAGGAUAACUCAGCACUUAAUUGGGGAGAUCAUUGGAAGUCUUGUUUCCAUUGCUCUGUUACUUUUUAUUCUACUUCUGGUAAUAGUGCGUCCUUUGUAUUCUUCUUAUUGAUGUUGUGUAUAUAUUCCUAA